AGGAGAGCGGUUAAGGAGGAGAGCGGUUAAGAAGGAGCGGCGCGAGGAGAGAGCAGGGUGUUCGCGACGGGCUGACUCCGCCCUGAACUCAGCCUCAGCGAAGGGGCGGGCGUGGUCGGUUGGUCUGCGGGGGUCACGCUCCAGUACCUUCCUGGCCCGAGCGCGGAGGUUGCGGUGUCUGGCCGCGGGAGCCCCGAGGAAACGAACGGUCCCUGCGGUGGCGUCGCCGUCUGGCAGGGGCUUGGCGGCUCCUGGGUAGGGAGCUGCCUCUCGCUCUGACAGGUGGUCGUGGCGGGGGGCCGCCCCGAAAUUUGCGUCUCCACCGGGUCCCGGGGCCAGGGGAUCAGCCGAGGUGCGGGUCUCCUAGGUGUUCCGAAUCCUGACCUCUGUAUGGCUUUUCAAUUUUAGUUGAAAUUCCCUCCAUGGCCUUUUGGAGUCCUUUGGUGUAUCUCCAGAGUAAAUUUCGAUUACUCUACAUUUCAUCCAUGUUGGAGUGGCAAGAAAAAGGAGGAACUGAUUUGGGGUGAAAAGGUAUAACGAACUGUAAACUAAAAAAAACCAAAAAUCAAAAACAAAGAUGGGUGAAAAGAAACCAGAGCCUUUGGACUUCGUGAAAGAUUUCCAGGAAUACCUGACUCAGCAGACCCAUCAUGUCAACAUGAUUUCUGGAUCAGUUAGUGGGGACAAGGAAGCAGAGGCUCUUCAGGGAGCUGGAACAGAUGGUGAUCAAAAUGGACUUGAUCACCCAUCUGUUGAAGUUUCCCUGGAUGAAAACUCAGGAAUGUUAGUAGACGGGUUUGAAAGGACCUUUGAUGGGAAGCUCAAGUGUCGGUACUGCAACUAUGCCAGCAAAGGCACCGCACGACUCAUUGAACACAUUAGAAUCCACACAGGUGAGAAACCUCAUAGAUGUCACUUAUGUCCAUUUGCAUCUGCUUAUGAGCGUCAUCUGGAAGCCCAUAUGCGUUCCCAUACAGGAGAAAAACCAUAUAAAUGUGAAUUGUGUUCCUUCCGCUGCAGUGAUCGAAGUAACCUGUCCCAUCAUCGAAGGCGCAAGCAUAAAAUGGUACCAAUGAAAGGUACUAGGUCUUCCUUAAGCAGCAAGAAAAUGUGGGGGGUUUUACAGAAGAAAACAAGCAAUCUGGGCUAUAGCAGACGAGCACUAAUCAACUUAAGCCCACCUUCCAUGGUGGUCCAGAAGCCAGACUACCUUAAUGACUUUACCCAUGAGAUCCCGAAUAUCCAGACUGACUCCUAUGAAAGUAUGGCAAAAACCACACCAGCUGGUGGCCUGCCAAGGGACCCCCAAGAACUCAUGGUUGACAACCCUUUAAACCAGCUGUCAACUCUAGCAGGACAGUUGUCCAGUUUGCCGCCUGAAAACCAAAACCCCGCAUCCCCUGAUGUGGUCCCCUGCCCCGACGAGAAGCCUUUCAUGAUGCAGCAGGCCUCUGCUCAAGCGGUGGUUUCUGCCGUGCCAGCCAGUGUUCCUCAGAGCUCCUCGCCCACUAGCCCCGAAGCUCGGCCGUCACAUAGUCAGAGGAACUAUAGUCCGGUGGCAGGUCCGAGCAGUGAACCAAGUGCUCACACGAGUACUCCCAGCAUGGGAAACAGUCAGCCAAGCACUCCAGCUCCGACCCUGCCGGUCCAGGACCCUCAGCUUCUACACCACUGCCAGCACUGUGACAUGUACUUUGCCGACAACAUCCUUUACACUAUUCAUAUGGGAUGUCAUGGGUAUGAAAAUCCUUUUCAGUGUAACAUAUGUGGAUGCAAAUGUAAAAACAAGUAUGAUUUUGCCUGUCAUUUUGCAAGAGGGCAACAUAACCAACACUGAUGGAAAACAAUCACGUUAUGCUUUACUUGGUUUGCCAUUUUGUGUUUUGUAGUUUACUGUUGUUUUCUGCAGGGGAGGGGUGGGGGUGUCGUCCCUAUUAAGGUGUUUGCUAAUUUAAAGUCUAUACAUACAGAGUAUAAAUUUGACAGUGGAAACAAAAUUUUUUUCUUUUUUUUUUUUCCAUAAAAACCUUGUCAGGGUCAUUUAUGUAUUAGAACAGUUGGACAUGUUGGUGUCUGUUUUUUCCUUUCAUUUAGACAUUUGAGAAUUUGAGUGCAAUGAUAAUCUUACAAGUGGUCAUUUAAAUUUCUCACAUUUAUGAUCCAUAAAAACUUCAAGGCUGAUAGAUACCCUUGGUAUUUCAACAUCUACACUGCAGCUAGAUGUUAUUAUUUCUGCCAUAAUUUCAAAAUGGUAAAUUACUUUCUCUUACAAAAUCUGUUACAACUUAUUUCAAUGUUUAGUGGAGGAAUUGCCUUUGAAAUUGCCCUUAAUUAAAAACUAUUUAGUUAACAUAGCUUAGUUGAAUCAGUAGUUUAAUUUCAACUGAUAAUAGUAAAGCAAUUUCAGUGUAGUAAAUCUUUCUUUUUUCCAUAAGGGAAAAUAUAAAACAUUGAAUUCUUUUAAAAUUAAAGUUAUAAAAAUAUGAGGUAAAAGUUCUGAAAAGAAAUGAAACAUAAGACUUUAAAUUGGAAAUGGAGUUUAAUAGUUAAAAUACCUGCCCAUUCAACUUGUAGUUCAAACACACAGCAAUUUUCCAUUGGAUUCUUUUUAUUAUACUUGUAAUUUAUUUUAAAAACUACAGGUAAAUACAUGAGAACACUAGAAAUAUCAGAGGAUUAUCUAUGAAGAUGCCUUUUUUCCUUUUAAUCUGAACUGUUCAUUUAAAUCUUCAUUCUGAUGUACACGUGAGGUUGAUAACUAUACUGAGAAUCUGCUAUUCCUUCUAUUCCUUUGAUGACCAAAGAGGUACAGUGGAAGUCAUCCAUCUUAUUCCUAGGAAAUGCGGUCCUUCCCCCCAAAAUCUGAAGUUUCCUUUUCCUGCCUUCUAUCCAUUUAUUGCCCAUAAUUUUCAAGAAAAGGUAGGUAUAGAAACACAUGGGAAAAUGUGAUGGUGAAGUGAUAUUUACAAAAAUGAGAACAUAUGUCCAAAACGAAUUCUGGACUCCUCUUCAGAAUUGGCCAUUUAAGAUAUUUUCUGUGAAUUCAAGUUGUAAUGCUUAUUUGCAGUUUUACCAGUCUUUAAUGUACAGCAAGAAAACUAUAUAAAACUGUGAAUUGAAUCAUCAUUAGUAGAAGAGGAUAAAAAAAGUGUGGAAAUGGAUAUAAAAAUGCAUUUAAACAUGAUAUUUGUUUACAAAAAUAAAACUUGCUAUAUAAAUCCACAGUAAGUAAUUUUGAUUAGGAGGCUGUUUUUGUGUAAUAACUAGCGGACUCUGAGGACAGCUUGGUCAAACAAUAAAAUAUAUUGUUACUAACU